AUUUUUGGUAAGUGAUUCUUAAAAUUUAAAAAGAAAAGAAAAAGUAAAGAAAAAUAUCAUUUCUCUACUUCCUCCCUCUCUGCCCUUUCCGCUUCGACGGAGGCGGGAGACGACACAAACCAUCACUCAUCGGCGAUCUCUCUCUCCACCAUUGACGGAUGCUUAGUUUGAGGUACUCUCCAGCUAUAUAUACCAGAAGAUUGGAAUCGAUUGAAUUUUCCAGGAGUAGUAGUAGCGUUGUGUUUGAAUUCUUGAGGAGAAGAAAUGCAUCCACCUUUAACGUUACAUAGGCAUCCAAUGUGUGCCGAAAUUAUUGAGCAGUUCCAAAAAUGUCAUUUGGAUCACCCUAUUGCGAAAUUCUUUGGUGAAUGCACUGACCUCAAGAUAAAGCUUGAUCGCUGUUUCCGGCAAGAAAAAGCUUUGAAGCGGAAGGCUAACUUUGAAGAUAGUAAAAAACUGAAAGAGAGGCUUCAAGCUUACAGGAAGGAAAAUUCUGAGAGAAGCACUGAAGAAAAGAACAUACAAGCUUAAUGAUGAAGUACGACGGUAUUUGAAAAAUAAUUCUAAGUUAGAAGUUUACAUAAAGACUGGUUCUAACCCCACAAAAGUGGAGGGAAGUGGGGAAUAUAUUAAAAAUUACAGUGCGACUAUAGACAGGAAUACAACCAAUGUCAUGCUGCAAUUUGUUCAGUUAUUCAUAUGAUAAUGUUCCCAUUAUAUCAAUAAACUUGUGAGAAAUUUAAUUUUUAUAAUUGUAAGCACAAUUUUUUCACCAAGUAGAUUUGCAAUAACCAAUUUGGGAUGUGAACUUUCUAUA